AUGGAAUUUGAUGAGUAAUACCAAAAUGUUUGGAUAAGUUUCUAAAAAGUUAAAUUAUAAGUCUCAAGUUUAUUGCUUUAAUAGAAAAUAUAACCUAAAUAAUAAAUAAGGUUAAUUUUUCAAAAGAAAGCAUUUAGUAUGACAGCAAGUUUAAAAUUAAUAAAUACUAAGAUGAGUAAUGAGAAGGGGGUUUUUAAUACAGGGUAAACAUAUAGAAUACAAAAUAGGGUGUAAUCCAAUAAGUUAAAAGAAAAGAAAAAAAUGAGUUUAUAAAUAAAAAUAUAUUUGGAAAAGAAAAACAUAAAAGACUUUAGAAAUAUAUUUCGGAUUUAAAUCAAGUUUGUUUGACAUAAUAUUGUAAAA